UCUUCUUGAAAAUACUGGAUUUAUCUUCUGCAUUGUAUGAAAAGGAAGAAAAGAAAAGUCGAGAUUCUUCCAGAGGAGCUCACAAAGUUCAUCUCAGAGAGUUCCAGAUUUAUCCUCUCAUUCUCAUAAAUACCCAAUGUAUUCCCUCGCCCUCCAAUCCCAUUAGACACGAGACUAGACAGGAAAGACUUCUAGUUACUUUCUCGGCAACCAUACACUUUACCUUUUGCAGAUAUCGGUGUUUUACCGAUUAUCCAGCAGAUCUACCAGAAUGUCGCUAAUCCCAACCUUCUUUGGCAACCGGCGGACCGGCAUUUUCGAUCCCUUCUCGCUUGACGUCUGGGAUCCAUUCAAGGACAUCCCAUUUCCUUCCCCGUCACUUUCUCGGGAAAAUUCGGUACUCCUCAACACCCGCGUGGACUGGAAGGAGACUCCGGAAGCGCACGUGUUCAAAGCUGAUCUUCCUGGAAUGAAGAAAGAGGAAGUAAAAGUGGAAAUCGAGGACAAUAACGUGCUGCAAAUCAGCGGUGAGAGACGCGUGGAGAAGGAAGACAAGAGCGAUACUUGGCACCGGGUGGAGCGCAGCAGCGGCAAGUUCUCACGGCAAUUUAGGCUGCCGGAAAAUGUGAAGAUGGAUAAGAUUAAGGCGUCAAUGGAGAAUGGAGUGCUUACUGUUACGGUGCCUAAAAUGGAGAUGAAGAAACCAGAUGUUAAAGCCAUUGAUGUCUCUGGUUGAUCUACCAACUUUCCUUCACAUCUGUUAAAGCUGUGUUAAUUUGUUGUAUUUCUGUGUCACCAAAUUAUUAUUAUUUUUUUAUUUUUAUGUUAUUUUAUUUUAUUUCUAU